GAGAAAGGGUAGCACAAGUAUAACCCAAACCUAUCAUCAAAAUUCUUCCAACUCAUUCUCUCUACCUAUUCUCUCCUUCCUAGCUCAUUUUCCCCAACCCUCACCGAAAGAGAAGGAAGAAGAUAUAUCAACAACAAAAACAAGGAUUGUACAUACACUUGCUUGUUAAGUACAUAGUGUUCAAAUAUGGUUGAUUCAUCUCUUUCUGCUGAUCAAUCCUUUUUGGGUCACUUCACUUUCCCUUUCCAACUCUUUUCUGGUGAAGGUUAGAACACAUUUAAUAAACUCAUCAAUUUCAUACUUCAUCUCUAUCAGCUAUCUUUCAGUCCAGCUAGAAUUUGCAAGUUCCCAAGAAGAAGAAAUUUAAAAGGAAACUUCCAGAAGAUAUAUGGAUCAAUUAACAGCUCAUGGCCGACCUCUUCCACCUCCUUUUCACACAAGAGAUCUUCAGUUACAAAAUACAAAUCCUCACCACCAGUUCCACCACAUACAACAACAACACCAGCAAGUACAAGCUGAAGAUGAACAGCAAAGCGGACACCGAAACCAGAAACGGGAUCGAGACGAUAACUACAGUUUAAAUCCUGAAUCCGGCUCUAUGGACAGUAAAGGAAAUACUACAGGAGGAGGAGGAGGGGAAGGGAGUGGAGAGGUCAAUAGAAGACCAAGAGGAAGACCAGCUGGUUCAAAAAACAAACCAAAGCCACCCAUCAUAAUCACUCGUGAUAGUGCUAAUGCUCUUAGAUCUCACGUUAUGGAAAUUGCCAGUGGCUGUGAUAUACAAGAAAGUAUCUCCAACUUCGCCACCAGAAGACAACGUGGUGUUUGCAUAUUAAGUGGUAGUGGAACUGUUACAAACGUUACAAUUAGGCAGCCAGCGUCUCCAGGCGCAGUGGUAACUCUACAUGGAAGAUUUGAAAUCUUAUCGCUCUCAGGUUCAUACUUGCCACCGCCAGCACCGCCAGCCGCAUCAGGGCUGACGAUAUACUUGGCCGGAGGACAAGGCCAAGUAGUUGGCGGUAGCGUUGUCGGGCCCUUGAAUGCUUCGGGGCCGGUGGUAAUUAUGGCUGCCUCGUUUGGAAAUGCAGCAUAUGAAAGGCUUCCACUUGAAGACGAAGAAUCUCCAGUGGGUCAACAAGGAAGUGGAGCAAAUUUACCAACUAGUUCUGGGAUAGUAAGUGCAACUAGUCAACAACAUCAAAGUGCAGCACAGCAAAUUAUGGGUACUGAUCCAAAUGCUAAUUUACUACAAGGGUUGCCUCAAAAUCUACUAAAUUCAUGUCAAUUACCAGCUGAUGCUUAUUGGGGAACAGCAGGUCGUCCUCCUUAUUGAUUCAAAAAAAAAAAGAAAAAAAAGAAUUGGGCAUUAACUUCAAAUUAAUUGUCCUUUUCUUUCUUUUUUUUUUCUAUUUGCAUAUUAUUAAUCUUGGACAUGGUUUCCCAAUUCCAAUAUUAUAGUACAGUAGUACUACUACUACUACUACAACUUCUUUUCCAUUGACCACCUUUACUUCAACUUCUUCAAAGUGUUAGUCGAGUUUGUGGAGUUAUUUAAUCUGUUUAUUAGUCAUGAACUUAGUUUUUGAUUAGUAAGGGAUGUAAAAUUUCAAGAAUCAUUUUGUGUUUUUUUCUUUUUCUUCUUCUUCUUCUUCUUCUUUAUUUUAUGUGAAUGGUAGCAAAAAAAUGUUAACUAAAGGGGUUAUAUGAAUUUUUCCUCAUGUUGUCUUGGAUAAUAAUCAAUCUUUCACUUGCUGCAGAAGCAAAAAAGCCUCUCCAAUGUUCAGGUUCGAUGUUUCGAUAUUUGUUUAAAUCCCCCCGUUAUGAGAUUUGAAAUUUCAAAAGUCAAUUGAAUUUUUCUU